AUGGCCGUGUUUUAUAAACCAUGGAUAGUUUACCCAUCAAUUGUGUUCACCAUUGCCUCUGGACUCUUUAGUAUCAUUCCAAAGUUUCUGUCCGAGUCGUUUUUAGUAAAAAGCAUAACUGCGCCAUCUGAAGUCUCCAAGCAAGUCCUAUUAGACCGAUAUAAGCGCAUCUUGAAUAUGUUCUCCUCCAAUCAUUUGGUGCAUUUCAAGCUUCUUAAAGAGCAAAUAGCGGAAAACUUUGAUGUAGAGGCUUUGAAGAUCCUUAUUAAGGAAAGACAAUCUUCAAAUAAGCCAGUGGGCCCCUUAAUGGAAGACCUUCAGCUAUUGGUUUUGAAGCAGCUGAUCACGGUUCUCAUCUUCCCCCCAUAUAUUUUUACGCACAUCCUUCCGAUAUAUUCAAUUUUAAACAGAGAACAAUAUCUUUGCGAGUUAAAGACAAAUUAUGGGUUAGAGCCAAACGAAGACCAAUUCAAAAGCAGCGUUUAUCUGUUGUCGAUGUUUCAGGACCAUCUUAUCAAAUUUAGCUUGUUGCAAACAAUCGCCUCCGUUGAUGCGAUCACUCCAAUUGCUUUAAUUGAGGACGUUUUACAACAACACAGACCCUCAAGCGUGGAGUUGAGCCAACUUUUAUAUUGUAACCGCCAUUUGAGUGCUACGGACGAAGAAUUGGACAACAUCUUCAAAAGGUACGGCCACUUGAUCUCUGUUUAA